AUGGCGUCCCGUGCUUCCCAGAAGCGGCUCACCAAGGAGUAUAAGCUGAUCCAGGCUAAUCCUCCGCCGUUUAUCCUCGCCAAACCCAACGAUGAAAACAUUUUGGAGUGGCACUACGUCAUCGAAGGACCGCCGCUGACGCCGUUUGAGGGUGGCCAAUACCACGGGAUCUUGCGGUUCCCCCCAGAGUACCCUUUUAAGCCGCCUCUGAUUCUGAUGAUCACCCCUAAUGGCAGAUUCACUACCAACAUGCGGUUGUGUCUCCUGAUGCUGGAUUACCACCCCGACACGUGGAAUCCCGCCUGGCUGGUGGCAACCAUCCUUACCGGCCUCUUAUCGUUUAUGACCGGCGACGAGGCUACUACCGGAUCUAUUCUGACGACAGACUCGGUUAAACGCAAGCUCGCCCUCUCUCUGAAGCAGUGGAACAACUCGGAAAACGUCAGGUUCAAGAAGCUUUUCCCCGACAUAUACAAACAGAAUAUUAUUGACAUCAAGAACGCCGAAGCCCCUCCCAAGCCGGUGGAGGAGAAGCCGUCAGAGAUCGCCGAUCUAGCCUCGAUGGACGCUGAAGAUCGUGCUCGUGUUCUUGUUGAACCCCGCAACUCCAACGGUCUGAGCCGGGUCGGUAUGGUGGUCGGGGUGGUCAUCGUCGCUAUGGCUGUGGUUUUAAUGAAUAAGUAA